AUGAUGAGUGAAGAUCUUGGUAUUGAGAUCAUUUGUGAUGAGCUGGCUGUUCAUCCUUUGGUGAAGGAUCUUGGUUCUCAUUCUAGCUGGGGGUCUAUACCAGCAAUGGUUAGAAAACAAAUGUGUGCUAAACACGUAACGUUGAUGAAUGAUGCUGGUAUCGACCUCACCAAAUGCCACGAAAACCGGGCCUCCGCCUCGAGAGUCUCUCAUCUCAGGAGAGACCGUUAUAGAAUAUUACAGUCUCAAUCGAAUGAGAUAUCAUGCUAUAAAAACUUAGAAUAUAAUGUAGUUUAUGGCCAAUAA